AUGCAGCCAGUGAAGCCCGUUAUUGCUGGCUGCCUUCUUGGCUCCGCGCUCGCAGCUUCUCGGACCACCAUCACUGCAACCAUUGCUGCAUCGAGGGCUGAGGUGACGCUGGAAUCGCGGUACCCCUUCCUGGGAAUUGCCACGCCCUCGACCAUUGGAGAUGCCAUACAGAUUGAAUAUGGUGAGAGGCCAGAACAAGUGGAGACGGCCAGCUUUCGAGCGUUGCGAGGGCCAAGGAUGAACCACAGCAGCCCCAAGAUGCGGACACUGAUUGAUUCGGUGUUGUCAAUCUAUUUCUUUGGUGCCGCAUGGUCGCUUCUAUGUUUUUGCCAUAUGCUUCGAAAAUUUGCCUUUGAGACUUUUGACUGGCGACCCUUCAUCAUUCCAGUGACAGCCGGCUUUGCCUUCCUACCAUUAGGCUUAGCAGGUCUUCUGGUGUUCAAAAGGGAGGAUGGUACUUGCAGCUAUGCCAACUCAACACGCAAUUUCAUCAUACCCAUCAGUGACCUCGGAUCCUGUGGGAAUCGCAGCUACAAUGUCCCCGAGCUGCUCACAGAGCUGGUGAUUGUUGCAGCAAUAUCCUCAUGUCUUUAUGCUCAAAUGCUUGCCAGGUAUUUCGAGAGGCAGUUUGAGGGGAAGUACUGGCCCACACUUGCCUCCCAUGUAAUCCGCGCCCUUGGCUUUGUUUCCAUGGCGGGUCUCGUCGGAGUGGCAGUGAUACCAACAUACCUCUCACGCCUGCCACAUCGUACUGCAGCAUACGCAUUCUUUUUGGCAAGCAUUUGGAUGCUCUUCCUGUACAGCAUACUGGUGAUUUUCUUGCCUGUUGGCACUCGCACGAGGUUCAUUUGCCCAGCCAUUCUGGCGGUUUUCUUGUGGUUCUCUAUGACUGUCUAUGGCGUGCUAUUUACAUUCAACUUCUGCGAGAGGAUUUGCGGAGGUGCAACCUUCGACUUGGAGCCACAAUCAGAAGAGAUGCAGCUUGAUGUCAUGGCGCAAUAUAACAAAUAUCGCUGGUGUUUGUCGAUUGAGAGUGUGGCUGAAUGGCUGUUGGUUGCAGUGUAUGCGUUUUGGAUACUCUUGGCUCCGGUUGAAUCCACGCUAAGCGUGGGGGAAGCUGUCACAAAGAACUGA